AUGAGACCGCUGUCCAAUGAGAGGACAGAGAGGAGACCGCUGUCCAAUGAGAGGACAGAGAGGAGACCGCUGUCCAAUGAGAGGACAGAGAGGAGACCGCUGUCCAAUGAGAGGACAGAGAGGAGACCGCUGUCCAAUGAGAGGACAGAGAGGAGACCGCUGUCCAAUGAGAGGACAGAGAGGAGACCGCUGUCCAAUGAGAGGACAGAGAGGAGACUGCUGUCCAAUGAGAGGACAGAGAGGAGACCGCUGUCCAAUGAGAGGACAGAGAGGAGACCGCUGUCCAAUGAGAGGACAGAGAGGAGACCGCUGUCCAAUGAGAGGACAGAGAGGAGACCGCUGUCCAAUGAGAGGACAGAGAGGAGACCGCUGUCCAAUGAGAGGACAGAGAGGAGACCGCUGUCCAAUGAGAGGACAGAGAGGAGACCGCUGUCCAAUGAGAGGACAGAGAGGAGACCGCUGUCCAAUGAGAGGACAGAGAGGAGACCGCUGUCCAAUGAGAGGACAGAGAGGAGACCGCUGUCCAAUGAGAGGACAGAGAGGAGACUGCUGUCCAAUGAGAGGACAGAGAGGAGACUGCUGUCCAAUGAGAGGACAGAGAGGAGACCACUGUCCAAUGAGAGGACAGAGAGGAGACCGCUGUCCAAUGAGAGGACAGAGAGGAGACCGCUGUCCAAUGAGAGGACAGAGAGGAGACCGCUGUCCAAUGAGAGGACAGAGAGGAGACCGCUGUCCAAUGAGAGGACAGAGAGGAGACUGCUGUCCAAUGAGAGGACAGAGAGGAGACCGCUGUCCAAUGAGAGGACAGAGAGGAGACCGCUGUCCAAUGAGAGGACAGAGAGGAGACUGCUGUCCAAUGAGAGGACAGAGAGGAGACUGCUGUCCAAUGAGAGGACAGAGGAGACUGCUGUCCAAUGA